AUGGAGUUCUACCUGGAGAUCGACCCAGUCACCUUGAACCUAAUCAUCCUCGUUGCAAGCUACGUCAUCUUGCUCCUGGUGUUCCUCAUCUCCUGCGUGCUCUACGACUGCCGAGGCAAGGACCCCAGCAAGGAGUACGCUCCCGAGGCCGCCGCGGACGCCCAGCCCUCCAUCCGCUUAGUGGUGAUGCAGCAAAGCGCUCGCGGGACCCACUGGCCCAGGGGACCUGACCCUCCCUGUAAAGACCCGGCUGCACUCGGGAAGAAAAGCACCAUGGUGUGA